GCACAAUUGUCGAUCAUGGUUAAGCUUCCACAUGCUUUGUCCCUAACCACAUUAGUCUCUCACUUGUUGUUCACGCUGGCCAUUUCGACGAGAGAGCGAGUCCCUACUCCCCCAUUGCCAAUUCUCCCUCUACCCUCCUACUCCCAGCUCAAAUGGCAACAGAGACAGAUCAUCAUGUUCCUCCACUUCGGCGUCAACACUUUCACCGGCCUCGAGCGGGGGACUGGACUUGAGGACCCGGCUAUAUUUAACCCGGUCAGCCUCAACACAAGCCAGUGGGUGAGCGCGGCCGUGGACGCCGGGAUUUCGCUCAUGAUCUUGACUGCUAAGCACCACGACGGGUUCUGCUUGUGGCCUUCUAAGUACACCGAUCACUCCGUGGAGAGCAGCCGUUGGAAAGGCGGGAAAGGGGACGUGGUUCGAGAGUUUGUGGAUGCGGCUAAGGCUCGCGGGGUCGAUGCCGGGCUGUACUUGUCCCCAUGGGAUAGGCACGAGCCUAGAUAUGGACAAAAUUUGAAGUACAAUGAGUAUUACUUAGCACAACUACAAGAGCUUCUCACCAAGUAUGGGAGUAUGAGGGAGAUAUGGUUCGACGGAUUCAAGAAUGCAAGUGCGGUGAACAUGACGUAUUACUUCACGGAGUGGUUCUCCAUGGUGAAGGAACUGCAGAGCUCGAUCAACAUAUUUUCAGACGCAGGUCCGGAUGUGAGGUGGGUUGGGAAUGAGGAUGGAUUUGCAGGGACUACUUGUAGGGCCACCAUUAACAAGUCCUCUCUCUCCAUUGGGAAUGCCAGCAUUGAAGGGUAUCUAAACAUCGGUGAUCCGAGAAGGACUGAUUAUCUGCCGGCAGAAUGUGACCUCUCAAUUAGAGAAGGAUGGUUUUGGCACAAGUCGCAAUCCCCCAAAAAGCUAAGCAAACUGCUCCAAAUAUAUUACAAGUCGGUGGGACGAAAUUGCGUGCUCCUUCUCAACGUGCCACCAAACACGACAGGCCUCGUAUCAGAGACAGAUGUGCACAGAUUGAAGGAGUUGAGGAAUGCGUUGGACACCAUUUUCUCAGUCAAUUUAGCGGAGAAGUGCUCCAUGAAAGCAAGCAGCCGAAGAGGAGGCAAGGACGGCGGGUUUGGGCCGGAGAAUGUGCUGGACGGCGACCACUUGUGGACCUAUUGGGCUCCGGGGGAUGAAGAAGAUGCUGGUGAGGUGGACCAAUGGAUUGAGAUGAGGGGGACGGACGGAGGGCUCAGAUUCAACGUGGUCAGGAUCCAAGAAGCAGUGGGGCUUGGUCAACGCAUCAAACGGCACGAGAUCUACGUGGAUGGCAAGAAGAUAGUUCAAGGAACCACCGUGGGGUACAAGAGGCUUCACAGGCUCAAAGGAGGUGUGGUCCACGGUAGUGUGGUGAGGGUCAGGAUCACCGAAUCAAAGGGUUUGCCUCUCAUCUCUUCCAUUGGCCUGCAUCUUGACCCCUUUUGGCAACCCAAGGACAGGAAGUCGCUUGACUGACCAGGUCCCUUGG